AUGCUCACUGUCACCAAGAGCAUCUCAGAUGCCGCCGGGUUUGCGCCAUUAAAGGGAGCCUCCGAGGCUGUCGUUACCCUGCUAGAAUCCAUUCAAGCUGUCAAAGAUAACUCUUCUGCCUGGUCUGGGCUUUUGCGCACGGUUCGAGAAAACGUUGCGGCAUUUCAACAGCAGCUCGAUCAGUUGGGGAUCAAUGAUGUACUCGAUGAUUAUGAGAAUCAUAUCAAAGGUCCAAUCAACACCUAUCGCGCUACGCUCACAGAAUUAGUCGCCAAAAUAUGCACAGACUCGGGUCUUGAUGAAUCUACACUCGAGACAAAUGUCUCUUGGAAGAUACUCGCUCAACGCAUAGGCGCGUCAAAGCUAGAGGCCAAUACCAUUGCAGGCUAUGAAAAGCGUCUCAAGGAUGCAGAAGGGCAAAUCAUACGCGCUCUCAUAGUAUAUGUCACCAUCUCCGUCAACGCAUCAGCAGACGCGGAUAUAUUAAACAAACUUCCCUGCCAGGAGUAUACACGUCCUCGAGAAUGUCAAAGAGGAACACGUAUGGAGGUAUUGGACGAAUGCGUAGCUUGGUGUCGGGACCCCGGCGUAUCUAAUAUCCUAUGGAUCAAAGCAGUGCCAGGAGCAGGCAAGUCGACCAUUGCAUCCAGCCUAGUACGCAUCCUCGGGAUCAAGAAACAGCGUCUCGGAUCUUGUUUCUUCUUUCGUCGUCAAACGAGUACUGUGACUACACCCAGAGCGCUAUGGCAGAGCGUUGCGUACGAUCUCGCACGACAUCCUACUAUCCGAAAGCACCUUGCUGUCAAGUUGAGAGAGGGUCAGAUUGACUUGACGACGCCGAACAUUGAUGAACUCUUUUACGAGUUGAUCGAAGAGCCAUUGUCUAUGAUCAGUAUUGGUUCUAUGGAGCAGUCGCCCGUGGUCAUCAUCGAUGCCUUGGACGAAUGUGGUGGAAUAGAUCGCUCACGAUCAAAGGAGCAUCAGGAUCUACUGCAUACCAUCACCGCCUGGUCCAGGCUUUCCCCCACUUAUAAACUGAUAGUUACCAGCCGUGAAGAGGACGACAUUGCAAAAGUCUUUGCACCGAGUUUGCCGUACACGAUAGAUCUUCUCGUUGGGCGAGAAAAGUCUGAACAGUCGAAGCGGGAUAUUCAAGCUCUCCUGAAGGAAGAAUUGCGGGUCAUUGCAAACAAGUACACUAUGCUACCCUCCGAUUGGCCUGGACCAGUCAUCGUCGAAUCAUUGGCACUCAAAGCCAACGGUCUCUUCAUCUGGGCAUCGACGGUCGUGGAGUAUAUCCGCGGUGGGGACCCAGAAAGGCUAUUGGAGGAGAUACUACAUACGAAGAGCAUAACGGGUUUGAGUGCACUCUACGACAAGGUCUUACACGUCGCGUUGCCGAAUGUAAAGGAAGAUACUCUACAGGACGUGUGCAAGAUACUUGGCACGGUCCUCGUUGCCAUGAAGCCUCUGGAUCUCCUCACCGUGUCAAAGCUCCUCUCCAUGAAACCAUUUACAGUCGAGUACAUUUGCACUGCCCUGAGACCGGUGCUGGAGAUGGACGGACCAAAGACGGAACAAUCCCAGAUCCACCUCGAUAUAUUCGCUAGCCACCAACUCGUGGCGAAACAAUGUCUGCAAACCAUGAGUGACGAGCUCAAGUUUAAUAUCUGCCACAUUUCGUCGUCUAAUAUAUUCAAUGACGAGAUAUGGAACUCGGGCUCUCACAUCCAACACAUUCCACUCCAUUUGGAGUAUGCGUCACGAUAUUGGGCACAUCAUUUGGAUGAUGGGACUACAGCCGAGGGAAUUAUGACACUGGUCCGACAUGUCCUCAGCGUCAAAUUUCUUUCCUGGCUUGAAGUUGCAAGCCUCUAUCGCUUUGUCGACGAAGUACCGUAUAUCCUCUUCAUUCUAAUUGCCUGGCUGAAGGCAAAUGGCGGAAGCGAUCUAAUACCACUUGCAAUGGAUAUGCGCCAAUUUAUUGCUCAUUUCAACGACGCCAUAAGUCGGAGCGUGCCGCAUAUCUAUGCCUCCGCAUUACCCCUAUCGCCGCCAUCUUCAGCAGUUAGAAAACAAUAUGAAAAACAGUAUCCAAAUACGCUAAUGGUCACUGCAGGUGGCUAUCAAAGAUGGUCGCCGCUGGUCGCCACUCUUCGUGGACACACUGGUCGUGUGACAGCCGUCGUAUUUUUGCCGGAUAAUUCUCGAAUCGUUUCCGGCUCCGAAGACAUGACGCUGUUAUUAUGGGAUGCGGAGACGGGAAAGCAGAUUGGGGAACCGCUCGAGGGGCAUACAGAAGGGGUCUCCUCGGUUGCAGUCUCCCCAGAUGGUCACCUUUUCGCCUCUGGCUCUUUCGAUAAUACAGUACGAUUGUGGGACGCGGAGACGGGUAAAGAGAUUGGACACCCGCUCGAGGGACACACACAUUGGGUCCGCUCAGUCGCAUUCUCCCCAGAUGGCCGUAUGGUAGCCUCUGGCUCCCACGAUUGCACCGUGCGGCUGUGGAAUGUGGAAACGGGCAGCCAGAUAGGACAUCCGCUUUGGGGACAUAACGAGUACAUCUCCUCGAUUUCAUUUUCGCCAGAUGGUCAUUUUCUCGUCUCAUGCGGUCCUACGAUAAUAUUAUGGGACGUGAAGACACGCCGGCCGAUCGGACAGCCAUUCUAUGACGAUGGAGUGAAUAUCUCCUCUGUUGCGUUUUCUCCAGAUGGUUCCCAAUUGGUCUCCGCCUUGAGUGACUAUACCGUACGGCUUUGGGAUGUAGAGGCCGCUGUUCAGAUAGGACAGCCGCUUGAAGGUCAUGAAAGUUUAAUCUCAUCUGUCGCAUUCUCGCCAGAUGGUCUUCAUGUCGCUUCUGCGUCGAGCGAUCGAACGGUGCAACUGUGGAAUGUGGAGACAGGCAGGCGGAUUGGACGGCCGCUGAAAGGCCACACGGGUUGGGUUUCAUCAGUUGCCUUCUCGCCAGAUGGUCAAUUUGUCGUUUCUGGCUCAUGGGACAACAGCGUGCGCCUAUGGGACGUGAAUGUAGGCGGAAAGCUUGAGGGGCCGCUCGAAGGACACACGAAUUGGGUCACCUCAGUCGCAUUCUCGCCAGACGGCCGUCUUCUAGUUUCAAGCUCAGAUGACAGUACAAUACAGCUCUGGGAUGUGGAGACCGGGAGACAGGUUGGACAGCCGCCCAGGGAACAUAGGAGGUCUGCCCCCUCGGUUGCAUUUUCGCCAGAUGGUCGUCAUCUGGCUUCUGACUCGAGUGAUGAUGCCAUAUGGCUUUGGGAUGUGCAGACGAAAAGUCAAGUUGGAGAUCCAUUCCGCGGACACACAUCGUCAAUUGCCUCGAUCGCAUUCUCUCCAGAUGGUCUCCUUGUUGUUUCUGCCUCUAAUGACGGGACAGUGCGGCUUUGGAAUGUCGCACUGGGUAGUCAGAUUGGAGAUUCACUCAAACGCGGUUCGGGUGUCACAAAUAAUAUCUACUGGGUCGCCUUCUCGCCAGAUGGUCGCCGUAUUGUUUCCGUCUUAGGUCGGGAGUCCAUCUGGCUGUGGGAUGUAGAGGACGGGAGAAGGAUUGAGAAACCGCUCGAGGGACACCAAGACCAGCUCUCCUCUGUCGCGUUGUCACCAGACGGUUGUGUUCUUGCCUCUGGCUCGAUUGAUAUGACGGUGAGAUUGUGGGAUGUGGAGACUGGCAGGCAGAUCGGGGAGCCACUUUUGGGUCAUACCGGAUUCGUCGUGUCGGUUGCAUUCUCCCCAGAUGGACGUCAUAUCGCUUCAGGCUCAUAUGACCAGACGUUGCGGUUAUGGGAUGUGGAGUCUAGGAAACAAAUCGGAAAGCCACUAGAGGGGCAUACAGACAAUGUUUUUUCGGUUUCCUUUUCACCGAAUGGUCGUUUCGUCGCCUCUGGAUCGAGGGAUCACACGGUACGACUAUGGGAUAUCACCGACCAAAGCGUAAUGAAUUCUGUUCCUAAUUGCCAUUGUACAAUCAACAAAGACGGAUGGAUGAUCGACCCAGAUGGGGAUCUAAUGUUUUGGAUCCCAUUACAUCUCCGCACUGGCCUCGUACGAGCAGGAGUUCGCAUAAUUGGCCAAUGUGAACGACUGGAGGUGGAUACAUCCAAGCUCUUACAAGGGAACAAUUGGGGCCGGCUGAACGAAAGUGGGAAAGGGGUCGAUGGCUUUUGA